AUGGCUUCUAUUGCUGCAGGCGUACCAGAUCUGUCCAAUAUUACCCCCGAAUACAUCGCCUAUACCAACGCCCCAACCCUUCUGGCACAGACUGGCGCAUUAUAUGCCGCUGUUGCUGUUGUCGUAUUGUUACGAUGCUACGUCCGAAUUUGGAUGCUUCAAUCGUUUGGAAAAGACGAUUGGGCUAUAUUAUUCGCCUUUGUAUUUGCCACCGCAACAUACAUCAUAUAUGUUAUACAAACAACAGUAGGCAUCGGGAGGCAUCUUGUGGUUAUUCAAAUGGACAAGGACAGAUAUCGUGAGUUUCUGAGACUCCGUCAAACUCAGUCGAUACUGGUUGCAAUUGGAGUAGCAUUGAUCAAGGUCUCUGUCGCCUGUUUCCUGCUACGACUUGUGACAAAGAAAGCGUAUGCGUGGUUCUUGCAUGGCUUGAAUAUCUUCAUGACGCUCUUUACUGCUGCAUGUGUUGGAACACUAGCUGCUUGGGACUUACGGCUUCGUCCGCCGCCAUUGGGAUCUGGGACUGCAAAAUGCUUCAACUCACAAACCUUCACUGCUAUUGGACUUAUGAACACUAUUGUUACAAUCGCAACAGAUUUCCUACUGGCUCUGUUGCCAAUUCCGCUAAUCUGGAACCUGCAACUGAACAUCCGCACUAGAGUCUCGCUUAUCCUUGUUCUAGCCCUUGGACUGUUUGCUGGCAUUGCUUGUGUUAUCAAGUCAAAGAAGCAAGCGAAAUUCUUCGACAACCCCGAUCCAUAUGUAUACGACACCUUCACCAUGUGGAGAUUCAUCGAAUUCGAUGUAGGGAUCAUAGCUGCCUCAUUACCGGCACUUAAGCCCCUAUUCAGCCAGUUUCUCAACGCCAGCCGAAGUUUGACAAGUGCACAGAUAAAGACAUCUAGUUUCCACCAGAAUCCGAAUACGCUUGGCUAUCACAAACAAACGGAACACUCAGACAAAGGCAUCAUGCUAAAAGAAUACAACACUAGACCCAAUAACUCCGUCAGGGUCUCUUGUCAGUCAAUGGGCGGAGCAAACAACAAAAUGUGGAACAUGGGAAGGUCGACGGAUAGUGACGAAAGCAUCUUGCCGCUGCAUGGUGUCAUGAACACCCCAAACGCUAUUGUGGUCAGAAGAGACGUACACGUCGAUUGA